CGAUAUUCUUGGCAAAAAUUUUCGUUUGUUUUACUUCAUUGCAAUUUUCGGCUGAUAGUAUAUACCAUAAUCUCUAUCAUUCACCAAAGCUGUAUGAGCGAUUUAUAAAACAUGUCGUGUUUUUGAUUAAAAGUGUCCAAAUAAACGCAAAUUGUUAUCAACCGUGUUUGUGUUUGGUUACAAAAUGAAUUGCACCAACGAGUCUCGCUACACAAGCAUUUGGUAAAGCGAACCGUGUGAAAGUGAUCCAAUAAACAGUCUUAAGAUGAAGAUCCUACUGUUGAUGUUAGUUUUCGUUUGUAUUUUGUAUAUUUUCCAUCGCUAAAUAGUGAACAGUCUUUGUGAGCCAUGGGACGUCCGCGCGUUUUGGUAACCCAUCAUCAGGUGCAGCCGAUAGCAUUGGAGUUACUGAGGAAGCAUUACGACGUGAUCGUCCCCACGGUGGACUUUCCAUCCCGUGCUGAAAUACUCGAUCUCUGCUCGGGUGUUGAUGGGUUACUGUGGACUAACUACAAGAUGAAACUCGAUCGAGAGGUGUUGGACGCAUGCGGACAUCAGCUGAGGGCAGUUUCUGUAACGAUGAAUGGUGUCGAUUGUGUGGAUACCGAAGAACUGGCCCGAAGAAACAUUCCCCUUGGACACACACCGUUUAUUCCGAAUAAUGCCGUUGCGGAUUUAGCGAUCGGUCUAAUGAUUGUUGCAAACGAGGGACUGUUAAGUUCCUGCAAUGGUUGCUACUCUCGCCAACCCAUCCAGGGAUCUACUGUGGGGAUUGUUGGAUUCGGUGGUAUUGGACAGGUCAUCGCACAAAGAUUGCAAGGGUUCAAUAUCGGUUCGAUCCUAUACAGUGGUCGAAGUCCUAAAAGCAGUGCAAAAAAAUUUAACGCUCAGCACGUUCCGUUCGAGGAGCUUCUUGUACGUUCCGAUAUUAUUUUCGUUAGCUGUCCCCUGAACAACGACACACGCGGGUUGUUUGAUCGGCACGCAUUUUUUACGAUGAAACGCACCGCUGUUCUUAUCAACAUUGCACGAGGUGCAAUAGUCGAUGAGCGUGCAUUGAUCGAUGCAUUGAAAAGUGGUGAAAUUAGAGCGGCAGGAUUAGAUACUGUCACUGCAGAACCAUUUACCCCGGACAGUGAGCUGUUUACACUAUCUAACUGUGUAAUUGUACCACAUUUGGGAACGGCCACGAAGAGAACGAGAGACGAAAUGGCUGUACGGGCGGUGGAAAACUUAAUACACGGAUUACGAAAUGAAACAAUGCCAUCACAGUUUGAAUAAAACUCAAAAUGGACCUUUUUUCCACAUAUCGAAGGCACUUUAAUGGUGUAGGACAGAUGUUAAUUCAUUACAAUACUAGUAAAAGGUUGAAUCUCCUAUUUUCUUCAUUUCAUUCCACAUAAAAUUAUCGCAUCUAAAUUAGCUACCUGUAUAUAAUCAGUCAUACAUUUCCGAAACUACCAAAUUACGGUGCGAAUCCUACAAUUCAUUUUCCUUUCUAUUUUGUUUAGAUUGCCUCAAAAAGAGUGGUUUUUCAUUAAAGCAUUUUUUUGUUACUUUUGUUGCACCAUGGAACGUGAACGUUGCUGUAUCUUUUUU